AUGAAUGAUCAAGCAGUAGAGAAUGUAGAUAAUGUAAAGAAUGUAGAGAAUGUAAUGGUUGAUGAUCUUGUUGAGGAUGAAUAUUUGAAUGAUGAUGAUGAAUGGAUGGACGAUGAUGUUGAUGAUGAAUCAUCUGUAAUAGAGAUUGUGCCAGUUAAUGUUGAAGCAAGUGUGGCUGAACAAGUUAAGGAAAUGAGAGCCGAGCAAGAGAAAAUUAGAUUUAGAAAAUUAAUACAGCCAAAACAAUUGCUGUCGACAAAUUUCAGUGGUACAUAUUAUCCACCUGGAAGAAUAUUUCAAUCAGUUUGUAUUGAUGAAAGGAAUAAUAAUGUUUAUGUUUAUGGAGGAUUUUCAGGGAAUAGAUCUCCUUGUUCUCUCAUUACAAGAUUUUCAAUUGAAGGUAACGAAUUAAAAGUUGAGGAUUUAACUGAUUCUUUCCAAUUAGUAGAAGCAACAGAAGCCAAAGACAAGCUUGGUAAAACACCUUUCAGAGAGGGACAUACGGCAGUAAUAAGGAAAGGAAAAAUGUAUGUUUUGGCAGGAAAUGCUCAACGAACAGGAACUUUUGAAAAGGAAUUGUUGGAAUUUGAUUUGGAAAAAGGAAAUAUCAAACCCUACCAGACAAUUUGCCUAGGAAAACCAUUCACACCAAGAGCUUAUCACUCUGCUACAUAUAUUGAAAAACGAGAUGUCAUGUGUGUUUAUGGAGGUAAGAUGAAGCCAGGAUUACAGUCAGGGGUUUCGAAUGAACUAUUCUUGUUUCAUUUUCAAACUCAUACUUGGGAAAAUAUUGAGCUUAGAGAUUUCAUUUUCCCACCUCUUUCAGGUCAUUACAUUUUCAAAAUUAAUAAUGAUAAUAUAGGGAUCAUAGGAGGAGUGUCAAAACCAUACUCGGAAGAAAAAGAAGAUUUAAAUUCAAAUCUAUUUGUUUACAACUUGGAGUAUAAUUCAUUUUCGGCCAUAGAUUUGGGACCUUAUGGAUUCAAUGGGAGAUAUAGCAUGCCAGCAGCUUUCAGUGCAUCAAAUCAACUAUUAGCUAUUGGGGCUGGAAACACCAGUUACAGAGAGGGUGAUUUUACAGUCAUUUAUUUUGAAACUGUGGAAACCAAUAGCGAACAUUUUGUCAAACCAUUGUUGUUGAAUUCCUUUGACGAUGUAUCAAUAAUUUGUCAAACUAUGGAAUAA